AUGAACUUCCUGACGAAUUUCGUGUUUCUCGACGAGUCUGCUUUUGAUAUCAAUAUGAAACACUUAAGAGCUUGGUCCAAAAAAGGUACCCGUACUAUUGUUACUAGACCUACUACGAGAGCAAACACAACGUCCAUACUGGGUUCUGUCUCUGUCGCAGAUUUGAUUACCGUCGGCAAGACAAAGGCUGACGGACAUAUAAGCUCAGGAACAAUAACUGGUCACUACAUUAGUUUCUUAAAAGUAACUCUCGAUGAAAUGGACAAUCAUCCACAUAUGAAAGGUCACUAUAUAGCCAUAGAUAAUGCACCUAUUCACACUCAUGAAAGCAUAAAAAGAACAAUUCUGGGCGGUGGCAAAGAUUAA